GUAGGUAAGUUGUGCCUUGCGUAGGCCCUAAUCUGUCGUAGAGGCUCGCGAGAGGUAUGGCUGGCGCACUCGGCCGGAGCGGCUUAACGAAGCUCCGCAUGUAUUAUCUGCGACGAAGGGUUUUAGACCAACUCCUGCGUGACGCGUCCGAGAGGGUCCUGCACUGCCCCCGUGUGAUGCCGGACCGAUGCGCUCGACAGGUGGCGCUGUUGCCGGGGACAAACGGAAAGCCUACCGUUGUCCCUGGUGGAACGACAUCUGGGUAUGAGAAGCAUGAAAGGAAUCCGAGCAAUAUCCCCAAGGUCGAUACCUUCCAUUUCUAUGGGGAGAGAGUCUCAGAAUGGCUGGAGCGGGUGGAACAAGCGCUGGUCGGACGGUCGGAUGUUGUAAAAUUUCAGCGCAUUCUCCAGUACGUUUUCCACAGCUACCACCAAGAAAUGAAGAAAGUUAUAGAUGCAGCCCAAGGUAGCUGGGAAAGAUUCAAGGAGGGAAUGCAGAGGAAGUACCGUCUGGGAGAUGGACUGUUGACCACUGUGGACCUCGAGGCAAUGAACAAAGAGGAUUUUACGACAAUAGAGGCCUUUGUUCAAGAAUUUAAGAAGAGGGCGCGGAAGGUCCAUGGGAUUUCGGAGGAAGCACAGUGCGCCAUCUUCCUGGGGCUACUCACGACAUCGGAGGCCGUCGAGUUGACGAGACAUGGAGGAGGUAACACCAAGCUCACCUGGGCCACCAUUGACAGAGGGGUGGAAGUUGGGUGUCUGGACCAGGUAGAGCAACGUCAGGUACGCCCGCAAAGGCAGAAGAAAAAGGAAAGAGAUGCGACCGCUUCUGGGACCCCGGGGGUAACAAGGAUUGUUACAGACGUAUUGGCACAGCUGGGGUAUGCGACAAAGCCGGUGGUGCAAAGGAGGGUAGUGACGACUGUGAAAAUGAAAGGAAAGGAGUCGGUGAUAGAAGAGGCCGUUGAGGAAGAACUCUGGGAAGAGAAAGAGCCGGUGCCGCAGCACCUGACGAAGGUCCAACGCAAAGUGCAUAAUUUGGCGCAGGGCGGACAGGGAUCAGGAAAAGCGCAGGCGCCUCAGGCCCAGGCAGCAGCCCCUUUAAAUGCGGCGGCUCCAUCAUCUAGUACGGGCCCCUCGCAAGUUCACAGGGCAGUGUUGCAGGAGGUGGGAACCAGGGGCAGGGCAAUCAAGGCAACGGAGGGAGGGGUGGAGGAAGGGGGCGAGGCAGAAAUGGUGGCGGAAGAGGAAGGCAAUGGAAUGGUCAAGGCCAGGGGUACCAAGGCUAAGGGAGUCAAGGCCAGGGGUACCAAGGCCAAGGGAGUCAAGGCCAGGGGUACCAAGGCCAAGGGAGUUAAGGCCAGGGGUACCAAGGCCAAGGGAAUCAAGGCCAGGGGUAUCAAGGCCAAGGGGAUCAGGGAAGUCAGGGGAAAGAGAAAGGAGGUUGUGGAAGUGGAGGAUGACGAUGAUGAAGAGGAAGAGGACGAGAGGCUGCGCAGAGAAGAGGAUCAGAGAACGGAGCAGCGAGCGAGGAAAAAGGGAACGAGGGGAGAUGCCGAGCCAGUCAUACGUGACGGACCACCCAAAAAGAAGAAAUACGUGGUUCGGUUGGAAGAGGGAUUUGACGUAGAGAGAGUAAUUGACAGGCUGCUGGAAGGGCAUAAUGACCUUAUGACCCUGAAGGAAAUCCUAGCGUCAGCCCCGCGACUCUGCGAUGAACUGAAGGGGAGAUUGUCGCGGCGCCUGGUGCCCAAUGUCCAUCUGGGUACGAUCCUGCUCAAGGAGGCUGAGUGGGCAGAGUCGGGUACGAAAAUGGACUGGAAGUGUGUAGCCUGCGGCACGGUGGAUUUGGUGGUGAAGGGUUCCAAGUGCGCGGCAAUGGUGGACACGGGGGCGGAGAUGAACAUUAUUCGGGAAGCGGACGCAAUCAGAUUCGGGCUGGAUAUAGACCGUUCUGACUUCAGUAUUCUGCAUGGAGCUAGCUGCAAGGCCGUAUUUUGUGGGACAGCCUCGAAUGUACUCAUCGAGGUUGGAAAGGUGAAGACCCGGGCUUGCUUUUUCAUCAUGCCAGACGUGGAUCACGGAAUCCUCCUGGGGAGAUCAUUCCUAAGCAGGACGGAGACCGUGAUAUUUAAUAAGCAUAACGGGACGUUAAUCCUCCUCUUAUGCGAUUCUGCCUGCGGGAAUUACGAAAUAAUUACCUGCAGGAACACAGGGCCAAAUCCAGGAUCGUUCACAAUCGAAGAGUCAGAAGGUGAGCGCUGGAGGCUCUGGGCAAAACCCGAAACAGGAGAGGGGGUGGAAGCAUUUUCCCUCAGCUUGUGGGACGUCGGGAAGGCCAUGGACUUGGUGGCCGCGCAUGAGAUGGCAGAUCCGGAUGCCAUCCAGGCCUUGAGGGAGCAAGUUUUGGAAUGCCUUGAGGCAAGAAGGUUGGAAUUGGUAUAUCGGCUCCCAGGCAGCGGAGGGAACCCCGCAUCAGCACAAACACAAUCUGUGAGUCGGCCUUUUCUAGGGGACGGCUUAAGCAGGGUUCCCAAAGGCGGUACAAGACGGUAGACAAGAAGUGUCGCCCGUUCCCGUCCUCGCUACAGAGGACGAAGAAGCAUAUUACGAGAGGGAACGAGGGUUGAUACGGCGAAAGAGGGAGAGUGCUCUAGCAAGGCCAUGUCGUAUUAAUGAAGGGAACGAGGGGGAGUUGAUUAUAGGGGAACCCGACUUCCUACUGUCUCAAGAGCGAACAUUGAUAGUAUCAGUAUUCGCCUUUGGCCAUGAGUGCAGAUCAACCAUCCCUUGUCAAUGAAUCAGUCUUGGCGAG